AGUAUUCUACUGGUCUCGCGAGUUGGCCGUUAGCUGCGCUGCCGACGACGACGAGCUAAUAUCUUUUCCGCCGCACUGUAGGUGUAGCAGCAGCAGCAGUAGCAGAGCCAUCAGCGCAAAAGAAAACAGUAUUAAAACUUCGCAGCUCUCGUUCAGAGUUUAACUACACAACACGCAAAUUUUGUUAUAAACCCAUCGUCGCUCCGAGUCCGGUCAUCCGUUUUAUCACAAAUAUAACAUUCAACAAUCAUGUCCGACUGGGAUACUAAACCGGUGACCAUUCACAAGCGCAAUCUCAAGGGAGCAGCCCUGAAAUCCGAGCAAGCGGUCAAUCAAGCCCGGAGGAAAGGUGUUGCCGUCGAGACUUCGGCUAAAUGGGGUGGUGGUGCUAACAAACAGCAUGUUACAACUAAAAAUACAGCCAAAUUAGAUCGUGAAACUGAAGAAUUGAAACAUGAAACUGUUUCCUUGGAUCUUGGUAAAUUAAUCCAACAAGGGCGCCAGGCCAAAGGAAUGUCUCAAAAAGAUCUUGCAACUAAAGUAAAUGAAAAAGCCCAAAUAAUUCAAGAUUAUGAAGCCGGUAGAGGAAUUCCAAAUCAAUUGGUUAUCGGUAAAAUCGAACGAGUGCUUGGAAUUAAACUCCGCGGAAAAGAACGUGGCAAGACAUUGCCUGCUCCAACAAGCACUAAGAAAUAGAAUGUCCAAUUAUUGAAAAUUAUAAAAGUAAUAUGUAAUUAUAUUCUUAAUUGUUUCCGUGAAACAGUUCACACAAAAAAAAAUAGUACAUGAUUGAUACCAUCAACAUCCAAUACCUUAUUGUUUUGAUAUGUUUAAUAUUUGCAAGCAUCAUUGCAUUAUGUUACUAUAAAAAAUAAAAUUCAAAGUGAAUCUAUUAA